UUUGGUGAUAUUUGCCAGCAUGCUGUUUUGUUUUGAGCUACAAGAAUACAUCAAUAAAGCAAUAGAAAAUGAUGAUCUCCCAGGGUGGAUGAAGACAUUACCAAAGAUCUUAUUGGCUGUCAUUAUUGGAGUGACUGAGGAUGUAUAUAAGAAGGUUGCUUAUUGGCUCAAUGAUAUGGAGAAUUACAGAACUGAGGAAAAUUAUGAAAAUCAGUUAAUUAUCAAGCUAGUGCUAGGUCAGUUUGUUAAUGGUUUCUUAGCUCUAUUCUAUAUUGCUUUCUAUCUACAAGAUAUGGCUAGACUUAGACAGCAACUUGCUGCAUUACUGAUCACACGACAGGUGAUAGGAAAUGUUAAAGAGUCACUGCUGCCUUAUGCUUUAGAGAGAAUAAAAACAAUCAGAAUGACCUAUAAGUUGGCAAAAGAACAUAUGGAGAAGGAGGAAGCAGAGGAAAAUGUAGCAGAUAGUGAUGGGAAAGAUGGUAAAGUACAAGAUGUAAAACAGUCGACAAGCUCAACUCCUGUGUUAUCACAGGCUGAAGUAGAGAGCUCUAUGAAGAAGUAUGAAGGCACUUUUGAAGAUUAUCUUGAGAUGUUCAUUCAGUUUGGUUACGUCAUCUUGUUCUCAUCUGCAUUCCCAAUGGCUGGCAUGUGUGCACUGGCUAAUAAUGUGAUUGAGAUUCGAAGUGAUGCAUUCAAACUGUGCUGGGGAAUGCAACGUCCAUUUGGACAGAGAGUUGAAGACAUUGGCAAAUGGCAGGACUGUAUGGAGUUGAUGGGUGUUGUUGCUGUUAUUGUAAACUGCUGUUUGCUAGGAGUCUUUGGACAUGUACAACGAUGGUUUCCUGACAUUACUAUUCCCGGUAUCAUAUUGUUUGUGGUUGGAAUGGAGCAUCUGAUACUUUCCAUGAAGUUUGCAGUUGCCUACGCCAUUCCUGACAUACCUCACUGGGUCUCAGUUGAAAUGGCUAAACUAGAAUUUAACAGAAGAGCAGCACUCAAGAAAAUGGAACAAGCCAUGGCAUCACAGAGUGUAAAAGACACUACAAAAGAUACCGCCAAAAAUGGCAGUAAAGAGAAGAAAGAACCAUCCCCGAUAACGAAAACAUGGCCGACAAGUAGGUUUGAAGAACCAGAAAAAUCUCCAAAGGCAAAGAAAACGGAGUAAACAAAGCACUGAUGUUAUUCAAAAUGGUUUAUUUCAAAUGUUUU